CUUGGUCUGCAAAAUCUUGAAACUUUUGUCAUAGGUUUAAAGAAGUUGUUUUUAAAUUCAGAGUCUGUAUAAGAAGCGGAAUCUCUGAAUUGUAUUAAUUUUCUACUUAAAAAAUCAGAUUAAGAGGAACGAACAAGAUCAUUCAUUAAUAAUGGAUUCUCUCUGCUUGAAGGCGGGGAUUCAUACUAUGGCCGCGCCCAUAGUAUCCGGCGCCGCUCUUCUUGACGUCCGUACCAAUCAAUCGCACAUUACGGCUUCCGUAGGGAGAUCGCCGCUUGAUAAACCGUCGGUAUUAGCGGCGGCGCCGCCUCAGAGAUCAGGACCCUGGGGUUUUACCUUUAGGUAUCCUCUCAGAUCUCUCUGGCCUGGCGGAGGGAAGAGAUACGACGCCAUUGCCGUCGACGAUGCAGUUUCGGUCGAGCAAAUCGAACAGGAGAAAGGAGGCGGAGGAGCGGAGGAGGAGAUCGGCGGGGACGCGCGGAAGGAGAAUUGGGUGUUGAAGAUCUUGCAUGUUAAAUCCAUGUGGAAGGAUACUAGGAAUGUUGAGGUUGAAGAACUCGUUGAAGAUCCGGAGGAAUCAACCCGAACUGUGGACGAUCGGAAUCGCGAUUGCUCUGGUGAUGAUACCAAUGGCGAUGAGGAAUGUGAUCUCUGUAGUAUUGAUCACGAUGAUAAUGACGAUAAAAUCAAAUUCGAUAAAGAUUCAUUUUCCAAAUUGCUUCGUAGGGUUUCAUUGCCUGAAGCAAGGUUAUAUGCUCAAAUGUCGUAUCUAGGGAGCUUGGCUUAUUGCAUACCGCAGAUCAAGCCAGGAAAUCUUCUUAAAAGACAUAGUCUGAAAUACAUAACUUCAUCAUUGGAGAAGAAGGAAGAGGAGAAAUUAAAGGAAGAAAAGGAAACUGCUGAUUCUCAGAAUAUUAAAGAAGAAGAAAAAGAGGAAACACGGGAGAAGAAAUCAGAGGAAAUGGAGGAUGUGAAGAAUAAGAAGAAGAAAGACAAUGAGAGAAGAAUAAGCGCAUCAGUUGCUUACGAAAUUGCUGCAUCUGCAGCUUCAUAUCUUCAUACACAUACCAAAAGCAUCAUUUUCUUUAGAACAUCCAAAUCCGAGUCUGCUGAAGAUGAUGGUGAUGAUAAUACAGCAGAGAAGAAUAUUGCAGGAAUUAGUGAGAACAUUAUGAACAAUGAAAUGGCUUCCCUAGCUGCAACAACAGACUCGGUGACAUCCGUGGUUGCUGCAAAGGAGGAAGUAAAGCAGGCUGUUGCUGAUAAUUUGAGCUCUAGACGUUCUUCACCAUGUGAAUGGUUCAUUUGCGAUGAUGAUGAGACUGCAACAAGAUAUUUUGUUAUUCAGGGUUCGGAGUCAUUGGCAUCUUGGCAGGCCAAUCUACUUUUCGAACCAGCUGAAUUCGAGGGACUUGAUGUGCUUGUUCAUCGAGGAAUAUACGAGGCAGCCAAGGGUAUCUACGAGCAGAUGCUACCGGAGGUGCAUGCCCAUUUAGAAACUCACGGCGAUCGUGCAACUUUCAGAUUCACAGGGCACUCUCUAGGCGGAAGUUUGUCUGUUCUAGUGAAUCUGAUGUUGCUAAUAAGGGGCGGUGUUCCUCCCCAUUCAUUGCUCCCUGUAAUAACUUUUGGCGCACCUUCGAUUGUUUGUGGAGGCGACCGGCUGCUGAAGAAACUGGGGCUCCCCAGAAGUCACAUUCAGGCUAUUACUAUGCACAGGGACAUUGUACCUCGAGCCUUCUCCUGUAAUUAUCCUUCUCACGUGGCGGAGUUUCUGAAGGCGGUUAAUGGAAACUUCAGGAAUCUUCCGUGUUUAAGUAAGCAGAAGCUAUUGUACGCUCCAAUGGGGGAGUUACUGAUCCUGCAGCCGGAUCAGAAAUUCUCGCCAAGUCAUGAGCUGCUUCCGUCGGGUAGCGGAUUAUAUCUUCUGAUUAGCGGGGGAGACACUGAGGAGGAAGGUGAUACUGGUCGUCUUGUUGCUGCUCAGUGUGCGUUUUUGAAUAGUCCCCAUCCGCUUGAGAUUUUAAGCGAUCGGGGAGCGUAUGGUUCUUCGGGGACGGUGCAGAGGGAUCACGAUAUGAAUUCUUAUUUGAGAUGCGUUAGGGGUGUGAUAAGGGAGGAACUGAACCAAAUAAGGAAGGGGAGGCGGGAGAAUAGGAAGAGGAGGAGGAGCUGGUGGCCAAUAUUAGUGUCCACUGGUGGCGGGAGUGGUGGGGCGGGAAUAAUGAGAGGAAUGGGUGUGAAGGAAGAGGUGAAGUUUUCGGGAAUGGUUCAGAACGGAAGAGAAUCGUUGAGACGGUUCAGUAGGCUUGUGGCGUCGCAACACAUGCAUUUGCUUGUGCUGCUCUUGUUUCCGGCCAAGAUGCUCAUUUUGGGAACAUUUAGUGUCAUCAUGGGUGGUGGAGUUAGUCAUUCUUAAACUUACUUAGGAUUUGCCCCCCAUAUAGUAAUUGUAUCAAAAAACUUAAAUAUUGUCAACAAUACCUCACUUAGAUCAAUUAUAGGGGAAAAAACUUGUAUUUAUUUAUAUAAAAACUUCAUUCAUCUUCUUAUUAUUUUUCUGA